AUGGAUCUGACUGGAGGAUUUGGAGCUAGAUCCGGCGGCGGUGGGCCGUGCCGGGAAGCGACAGGGCUUGAAUCACUUCAUAUCGGCGACGAAUUUCGGCAACUGGUGACGACGCUACCUCCGGAGAACGCAGGUUCGUUCACGGCGCUGCUUGAGCUUCCACCUACCCAAGCGGUGGAGCUCCUCCAUUUCACUGAUACAUCGUCUUCUCAACCGGCCGUCACCGGAAUCGGUGGAGAUAUCGCUCCACCGCUUCACUCUUUCGGGACAUUGACUUUUCCUUCCAACCCAGUCCUCAUGGAGAGAGCAGCUCGAUUCUCGGUGAUUGCCACUGAGCAACAAAACGGAAAUGUCUCCGGCGAAACCACGACGAGCUCCAGCGCGAAUCUGGACAGAGUGAAGACGGAGCCUGCUGAGACCGAGUCAUCUCAACGGCUGACUUCUGAUCAAGCGGUGGAGAAUCAAAGCCCCUGCCCUAGCCAGAAUAAUCGAUCUGGCAAGAGGAAAGAAUUCGAGAAGAAGGUUAAAAGCUCGACGAAGAAGAACAAAAGCUCCGAAGAGAACGAGAAGCUGCCAUACGUUCACGUUAGAGCUCGCCGUGGUCAAGCAACCGAUAGCCAUAGCUUAGCAGAAAGAGCAAGGAGGGAGAAGAUAAAUGCACGAAUGAAGCUUCUACAGGAACUGGUCCCAGGCUGUGAUAAGAUUCAAGGUACCGCGUUGGUGCUGGAUGAAAUCAUUAACCAUGUCCAGUCUUUACAACGUCAAGUAGAGAUGCUAUCAAUGAGACUUGCUGCAGUAAACCCCAGAAUCGACUUCAAUCUCGACACCAUAUUGGCUUCAGAAAACGGUUCUUUAAUGGAUGGGAGCUUCAACGGUACAGCAAUGCAGCUUGCUUGGCCUCAUCAAGUCAUUGAGACUGAACAAUCCUAUCAUCACCGGCAACUUCAACCACCACCACCACAACCGCAACAAUGGCCUUUUGAUGGCCUGAACCAGCCGGCUUGGGGAAGAGAAGAGGAUCAAGAUCAUGGGAAUGACCACAACAAUUUAAUGGCGGUUUCUGAAAAUUUAAUGGCGGGUUCUGCAAAUUUGCACCCAAACCAAGUCAAAAUGGAGCUGUAA